AUGAGCGAUCAUCUGGGGAGUUCUCAUGACGAAGGAGAAUUAUCCGAUGAAAGUCACAAAAGAAGUAAGAUUCCGAGUUGCGUUCAAUGUCGUGAGAACAUCUUUUUAGGCCAACGCGCAUCGAGCUCUGACGACGUCAAACCGAAUCGUUCAAACAAAGGUACGAAAAUAAUGAAACCCUUUGAAAGCCGAUUAGAUUUUAAGGUUUAGAGACAAAAAUGCGCGAGAGCAUUCUGAGUCGGCUGACAAAGCGAAGGAUGAGCGAAAGCGAUGACGACACGACUGAGAAACGCUUCUCGAUUCAGCCGAAGGAAGCAGUGAGUACAGCGAUGAAGUUUUUCGAAACGAGCUAAUUUCAGCAAAAAGCAAAGGAAGAUCGAUAUCGUGAUAAAGAGCGAGAGAAGAAGAAAGAAAAAGAUAAACGGGACGACAGAAAGGGAGCAAGAGAUGUUGACGGUCGUCAGAGAGAACGGGAUUUCAAAGGUAAGGACAACCAUUUAUGCUCCCUCCACAGUUUCGAAUUAAUUUUUCAGAACGUCACGAACGAUCUGGACGGGAAGGAAAACAUGAGCACAGGCAUCGAAAGCACGACGGAGAAGGCCAUCGAAGCCAGGGGAGCCGGUCCUCGGACAAAGAUCGGGACGCCGACAAGCACAGAAAGAAAGAAGAGCAUCACAAACAUCGACAUAGAAGGUCGCGAACGUCGUCUCCCGAAGAGGAAAAGGACAAGUCGUCACCGAAAAAAGCAAAGCAUCACGAUGUUCCGGAAGACGCGAGACUCUUUGAUAGAAGUGAGAGAUUACAGACAGAAACCCCAAUAAAUAUGACAUUUUACAGUCCUUGAUCCAAAUCAUAAGCGUAAAAAAGAUGAAGUGUUAAUGGUGGAAGACGUGGAAAUGUCGCCGAUUGAGAUACUGGAGGAAAAGGUUGAGAAGGAAGUCAUUGACAUAACCACGGAUUCUCCAGCCGGACCGAAGAAGUACUCAAAGUUUGAGAGUGAUCCGGAGACCGAGGACGAAGAGGACCGAAAACGAGAGCGCAAGAGCCCUUCCACUGAUAAAGGCAACAAAAAUACAGAAUUCACAGAAAUUUUGAUAAUUUUCAGACGACGACGUUGUCGAAAUUAUUGAAAACGACGGGCAUUCAGAUGAUGAAGAUGACAGCGACGAGGAAAAGUACGCAAAAACUCCCGAAGAUCAUGAGUGGGAAGAAAUGACGGAAACUGAGCAGAGGAUGCACAAGGACAUGAUGAAGAAAGGGAAACCCAACGCCAGAAAGCCCUUGUAUCCCUGUUGCCUGUCUAUUUUCCGGGUCUGAUGGGCUGCCGGAAUAUCGAUGAGUACGAAUGUGUGAACCGGGUGGAUGAAGGAACGUUCGGAGUCGUUUACCGUGGAAAAGACAAGCGUACUGACGAGAUUGUGGCUCUGAAAAGAUUGAAAAUGGAGAAGGAAAAAGAGGGAUUCCCGAUCACAGCGCUGCGAGAGAUUAACAUGCUUCUCAAGGCAGGAAAUCAUACGAAUAUUGUGAAUGUGAAGGAGAUUUUGGUGGGAAGUAACAUGGACAAGAUCUACAUGGCCAUGGAAUUUGUGGAGCACGACAUGAAGAGUCUUCUGGAUACGAUGAACAGAAGGAACAAACGAUUCUCGACGGGCGAACAGAAAACUCUGAUGCGACAACUUCUUUCCGGCAUUGAGCACAUGCACAAACUGUGGAUCCUCCAUCGAGAUCUGAAGACGUCCAAUCUUUUGAUGUCUCACACUGGCAUUCUCAAGAUUGCCGACUUUGGACUGGCUCGUGAGUAUGGAGAGCCUCUGAGGAAGUUCACUUCGAUCGUCGUCACCCUCUGGUACCGCUCCCCAGAACUUCUUCUCGGCACCAAACUCUAUUCGACACCAGUCGAUAUGUGGUCAGUCGGAUGCAUUAUGGCCGAGUUUAUACUGCUGAAGCCGCUGUUUGCGGGAAGAGGAGAGUUAGAUCAGAUCAAGAAGAUCUUUAUGGAAUUGGGCACUCCGACGGAAUCCAUAUGGCCAGGAGUGUCUGAACUUGACGGAUGGAAAGCACUUACUUUCGAGAAGUAUCCGUACAAUCAGCUGAGAAAGAAGUUCCUAGCCGGCAGACUUCUCAACGACACCGGAUUUAAGUUGCUCAAUGGGUAAGUCGAUGGUGCUCAAGAACUUGCCGACGAAUUUUCUUUUACAGGUUGCUAACUUUAGAUCCGAAGAACAGAUUGACAGCGACGCAAGCUCUCGAUCACGACUGGUUCACGUUGUUUCCCCUGCGAUUCCGCCUAUCCCAAUCCAUCGUUUUACAGUGAAGAUCCGCAGCCAGUUCCUCCGGAAGAGUUCCCUACAUUCCCUGCGAAGAGUGAACAAAACAAGGCUCCGCCGCCGGCUGCGAAGCCGAAACAGCUGGAGAACCGAUUGGCGCACGUGGAUCCGGAGACGGCGAAGCUCCUAAAACAGUUCGAAGUUCGUCCGGAACAAGUGAAACCGGGCGGAUUCUCUCUCAAAUUCGACCCCACAAGGUUCUGA